AUGGUGUGUAUCGCCACGACAGGAAACGCUCCUUCUGGAUUGGGACCAGCCGGGCAGGGGAAAGGGCAACAGCAGGAGGAUGGCGACAAGAAGAAUCCCCAGGAGCAGAAGAAGAAGUGGGAGCCGCCUCUCCCCACCCGGGUUGGAAAGAAGAAAAAGAAGAAAGGUCCCGACUCCGCCUCCAAACUCCCUGCAGUUCACCCGACUACCCGCUGUCGGCUGAGGCUGCUCAAGAUGGAGCGCAUCAAAGAUUAUCUGCUCUUAGAGGAGGAAUUCAUUCAGAACCAGGAACGCUUGAAGCCUGAAGCAACCCGGGAGGAGAAGAAUGAGGAGGACAGAACAAAGGUGGACGACUUGCGUGGUAGCCCGAUGGCAGUAGGUACUUUGGAAGAAAUCAUUGACGACGAACAUGCCAUCAUCAGCACAGCGUCGGGUCCGGAGUACUAUGUCUCUAUUAUGAGCUUCGUUGACAAGGAUCUCCUCGAGCCUGGGUGUCAAGUUCUUCUCCAUCACAAGACUCAAGCAGUUAUUGGUGUACUGCAAGACGAUGCCGACCCUAUGGUUAGUGUUAUGAAGUUAGACAAGGCCCCAACAGAGAGUUAUGCGGAUAUUGGUGGUCUUGAGAAUCAAAUACAGGAGAUUAAGGAAUCUGUUGAGUUGCCAUUGACACACCCAGAGCUGUAUGAGGAGAUGGGCAUCAAACCACCUAAGGGUGUGAUCCUAUACGGCGUGCCAGGAACGGGCAAGACACUUCUUGCUAAGGCUGUGGCAAAUCAAACGUCAGCUACCUUCCUGCGUGUGGUGGGCUCCGAGCUUAUCCAGAAAUACCUCGGAGACGGUCCUAAACUUGUGCGAGAAAUGUUCCGAGUAGCAGAGGAACAUGCACCCAGUAUCGUUUUCAUUGACGAGAUCGAUGCUAUCGGAACGAAGCGGCGAAUCCAGCGAACGAUGUUGGAGUUGCUGAACCAACUAGACGGUUUCGACACUCGUGGAGACGUGAAAGUAAUCAUGGCUACGAACAAGAUUGAGUCGCUCGAUCCGGCGCUCAUCCGACCAGGUCGCAUCGACCGCAAGAUUGAGUUCCCGCUGCCCGACAUCAAGACGAAACGGCAUAUCUUCAAGUUGCACACGUCGCGGAUGAGUCUCUCCGAGGACGUCGAUCUGGAAGACUACAUCACCGCCAAGGACGACCUAUCUGGCGCCGAUAUCAAGGCCGUAUGCACCGAGGCCGGCUUGUUAGCGCUCCGGGAGCGCCGGAUGAGAGUGACCAAGGCCGACUUUACAUCCGCGAGAGAGAAGGUACUAUACAGAAAGAAUGAGGGCACACCGGAAGGGCUUUACCUGUGA